AUAACAACGCGACCGCGUCUGAACGCGUGACGUUGCGGCCCGUGCACCCGCAUCACCAACACAGCCUCGCCGUCACUCUCUUUGCUCAAGCACAUGACCAUUAACGCAACAUGGUUAAUGAAAGACCCAGGCAGUCAGGCGGCCCAUCACGCCCCGUAUCGGCGGGCUGGCCGCGGGCAUCAGGAACCACAGUCUCAGCUUCACCAGCUGCUUCCAGAGUCGCAAGACCUGGACUCGGGUUGGGCAAGGGCUCCGGUGGUCUCGGGAAGGGGAAAGGCUUGGGGAAAGCCAAUCUCAAGAGGCAUACCAAGACCAGAAAGGACAAUAUUUACGGGGUUACAAAAGGUGACAUCCGACGUUUGGCUCGGCGUGGCGGCGUGAAGCGCAUUUCCGCAACCAUCUACGACGACGUGCGCCUGGCCCUCAGAGAGCGGCUAGCAAGGAUACUGAAAGACUGCUGUGCGAUCGUGGACUCCAGUGGACGCAAGACCGUCUCGGUCACCGACAUUGUCUUUACCCUUCGACGACUCGGUAACCCUAUUUACGGCUUUGAGCCCCCCUUCCUCAAUAACCGCUGAGUGUACGUUUGUCACGAGGUAUCUUGCGCGGCUUCUACACAAGUGGCGUGCGCUGCUAGGGCAGCUCAAUGCCGAGCAUGGAACGACCGUUUGCGCUGUCCAAGACCAAUCGGCGAAAUUCAGCCUUGGUCGAUGGGUAAUGAUAACGGUAUCCAGAAUAGAUUCACACGUAUGUAUGAUGUGUGGCACGGAGAUGGAUUUCCAGAUGUAAAAGGACAUGCAUUUCCCUUCUUUAUUAGCGAUGAUACCCAAUGCCAUUCUAUAUGUCUCACUGCU